AUGUCCAUGACUGUGAGGUACCGGGACACUCACACCAUAAAGCCUGAGACAGAGACGUGGAGUGGCUACCUACCACUCUCGGAGCUGGACCAAAUUGACAUGAUCAGCCAUUGGUACACCAUUUACUUCUACAAACCACCCUCAGAAUGGAUCCACUCGGCCGAUGCCAUCUUCAACACUCUCCGAGGUUCAUUGAGCCGCGUGCUGGUCCCCUUCUAUCCACUUGCUGGAAGGCUCGAGUGGCUCGAUGGGGGACGGCUCCGGCUGGAGUGGCUCGAGUGGCUCGAUUGCAAUGCCAUGGGUGUUUGGCUCAUCGAGGCCGAAUCCGAAGUGACUCACAAUGCCAAAAAGGAGUACAGCGAGGUCGCCUGCUCGGGUUUGUGUUUGCGCGCCUUGCACGCACACCGCCAUAUGUGCGCGGCAAUCGUCUCAAAUCGGGUGCACGACCAUGUGAAGUCGGCCAUUGAGGACAUCCGGAGACAACCGGACUUGACCUCGUUUCAGGAUCUGCAUGCCCAAGGGAGCACACAAGGGGCUUUCUAUGGAAACCCUAAUCUCAGGGUGUCGUGCUGGUUGACGUUGCCGCUGAACGGCCUUGAUUUCGGGUGGGGGAGAGAGAUUCACAUGGGGCUUGGGAACCACGAUUUGGAUGCCGAUUUUGUGGUUCUUCCAGGUCUUGAGGAAGCAAGUGGCUUGGUGGUGGCCGUGUGCUUGCAAACAGCGCACAUUGAAGAUUUCAAGAAGUUCUUCUGCGAGGAUAUCGUGGAGUAA